ACAACAACUUAGUGAUGACGACCGUCCCCGACGGGCUAACGCCGGACGACGAUCCAAACAGCCCCUUCACGCUGCUUCAAACUCUCCCGAAGACAAUGCCGCAAAGCUUACCAGAAUUGCUUCAGAGGAUCAACCGUGAGAAUCCAAACGAGAAGAUCAGCUGUGUCAUCGCUGAUCUCUCGUUUCCAUGGAUUUUUGACAUUGCCGAGAACAUGGGAGCCGAGCCUGUCGGUUUCUCGCCGCCAUCCGCCGCCUGCUUGGCCAUGAUGCUGCACACUCUAAAAUUGUUGGAAGAAGGAACUCUAGAUGCAAAUGGGCCACUCAAGAAUGGGGAUGUAAUUAGCCUCUCAGAUGAUAUACCAUCAUGGAGUGGAAAAGAGCUUCCAUGGAGCUUUGCCGGCGACCUAAAAGCGGAAAAGCACUUCUUUGAACUCGUGAAAGGAUACAAAGACGCUGGGAAAGCUAAGCUGUGGCUCUGCAACACUUGUUAUGAACUUGAACCUGCAGUUGCCGAGUUGCUCCCAAACAUCUUACCCGUCGGGCCGUUGAAUUUACUCGACUCCAACAAUUCAAGAUCCACCAAUUUUUAUUCCGAAGAUUCAUCAUGUUUAAGCUGGCUGGAUAGUAAACUGGAUGGAUCGGUGAUAUAUGUUUCUUUUGGAAGUUUUGCAGUUUUCUCUCAGCAACAGCUGGAUGAGUUGGCUCUCGGGCUCGAGCUAUCGGGUCGGGCCUUUCUGUGGGUCAUCCGACCGGACCUUGCGAACGGGUCACGGGUUGCGUAUCCGGAUGGGUUCUUGGAGAGGGUGAGUGGGCUCGGGAAGAUUGUAGAAUGGGCGCCCCAAAAUAGAGUUCUGUCGCAUUCAGCAAUCGGGUGUUUUGUAUCGCAUUGUGGAUGGAAUUCGACUCUUGAAGGCGUGAGCAGAGGGGUCCCUUUCCUAUGUUGGUCCUAUUUUGCGGACCAAUUGCAUAAUGAGAGGGACAUCUGUGAGAAGUGGGAGAUUGGGUUGAAAAUUGAGUUUGAUGAAGUGGGCAUUAGAUCGAGGCAUGAGAUCAAGAAGAAGAUUGACAUGUUGUUUUGUGAUAGUAAGUUCAAGGAAAAUGCAUCGAAAUUGAAGGAAAUGUGUGGCAAGAGUGUUAGCGACGGUGGUUCGUCGUGUAAGAAUCUAGAGAAAUUCAUUGAUCAUCUUAGUAGGAGAUGAAGGAUUGAUUGUUAUUGUUGAUGAUUCUAAAAUUUACAUUUUCAUGGCUAGGUGAUGAUUAUUAUUGUUAUUGUCGUCGUUAUUAUUUC